AUGGCUGCGCUGCCCACCGCCCGCGCCCCCUGUCCGCUGCGCUUUGCUGCUAUGCCCGGCUGGGGACGCUCAGUCGAGCGUCGCACGCCCUGCUGCGCGCUGCCCAGCGAACUCGCCGCCAGCCCCCUCGGCGGCGAGCCUGCAACGCCAGAGCCAGCGAGCCAGAGCGUGCCCGCGCUGCAGACGCGGGCGCUCGCCAGCACACAGGGGCCCGCCGCCCGCACCGCGCGAGGGUGCACCGCGCGAGCGACGGCACGUCCUGUGCUGUGUCGUGCCCACUGUCUGUCCACCAGGGCACGCCGGGCGAGGGCACCAGCCGGCUGCGCGCUUCACGCUGCGCCCGCGCCGCCUGCUGGCCCGGCCGCCCUAGAGCGUACUGUAGCAGGGCGCGGAGCCGGGACGACGCGCUACUUCGCGAGUUGCGUUUCACGCCUUUUCGCCGACCCUGGCCCGCCUAGCCAGCGCGGAACCUCCUCUCCGCCCGGCGACCCCAUCCUGCCUCUUGCGCUGCCGUCAUCAGCGCGAAUCCGCCUGCUGGUGCCAGACAUGCUGGCCUGCAUGCGGAGCAGCCAGCGUCAGGGCAGCACAGCUCCUCGCGGGCACUCGCAGACAGGCUGCACCAGGGCUCCUGGGCGCGCACGCACCGGCAAGAAACAACUGCACGCCCGUCACAUCCUCAUCACCCCUCAGCGGAAGCGCGCCCCGGCACCGAGCCUGACCCUCCGGCCUCCUCGUGCGGCUUGCGAUGCUGGGCGCCCCGCCACCGCGGCCUGCGCUUCAGCUGACGGCCGCGCGGUAGUCGUCGGCGGGCCCCCUUUGCCGUCUGCCUACUCUUGCCAGCGACCAGCGUGUGUCGCAGACUGA